ACGAACUCGACCUUAGACGGCGACAGAUGAGAGGCGGUGACGGUAACAUUCUCCCUGAACACUAACCUGACUCACAGUGCUUUGACUAGGACAAAGUAUAUACCGCCACCACCAUGCGAUACUGUAGUACAAGAGGUGGUGUCACCGGUCUUACAUUUGAGGAGGCCCUGUAUACCGGAUAUGCUGAAGAUGGUGGAAUUAUACUUCCGGAGACAAUUCCAACCAUCACCACAGACACUCUGAAAUCGUGGUCCAAGCUGUCUUACGUGGGGCUAGUUAAAGAAAUCGUACCGUUGUUUGUGGGAGAGGACGAGAUUCCAAAGGACGAACUGAACGGUUUAUUGGACAAAGCAUUCGGCCGUUUCACCCAUCCGGACGUCACACCCAUAUCGAAGCUUAACGAUGGUCUAAACAUUAUAGAACUCUUCCACGGCGUCACGUGGGCUUUCAAAGACCUUGCGCUGUCGUGUGUGGGACAGUUUCUGGAAUACUUUCUUAAUAAACGACAGAAACACCUGACAAUCAUUGUUGGAACAUCUGGUGACACCGGAAGUGCUGCCAUUGAAGCGAUACGUGGUUUGAAAUGGGUAGACAUUGUUGUAUUACUACCGAAGGGACGAUGUUCUCGUGUCCAAGAACACCAAAUGACCUCUGUUAUGGAGGACAAUGUCCACGUGUUCCGGGUAGAAGGAUCAUCAGAUGACCUCGACCUUCCUAUUAAAAAAGUGUUCAUGGACAUUCCAUUCAAGCGCCAACACAAUCUAACCUCCAUCAAUUCUAUAAACUGGGCUCGUGUCAUGGUACAGACGGCUCACUACAUUUACUCUUAUCUACAGAUGUGCCCAAGUUGUGAUGGUGAGGUAGAAAUUGUCAUUCCGACGGGUGCGUGCGGAAACGUUACAUCGGGCUGUCUGGCUCGACUGAUGGGCGUUCCCCUACGACUGGUGUGUGCCGUAACUACCAAUGAUAUUGUCGACAGAACCGUGAGGAAUGGGGACUACUCCAUGGCAGACACCGUCACACAGACGCUUGCCACGGCCAUGGACAUACAGGUACCCUACAAUAUGGAGAGGAUCUGGUACAUGGUGACAGGCGGUAACGCACCGCGUAUCAAGGCAUUGAUGGACGAAUUUGAAAGCACGGGAAAGGUUCAGCUGCCGACUGACAUCGUUGAAAAGACCAAAGAAAUCAUUGUCGAGACAUUUGUCGCCAAUGACGACGUAGUGAGACAGACAAUGCGCCGGACGUUUGAGAAGGACCAGUACCACGUGUGCCCACAUACAGCGAUAGGCGUGGCAUACCACUACCGGGACCUGGACAGUAAACAAAACACAGACAGGCGCCCUCCCAGGGUAAUCAUAGCAACCGCUUCUGUGAAGAAGUUCCAGGAAGCUGUUAUUUCUGCUGGACUAACGCCCGUCGACAACGCCGAGGUUGCGUCACUUCUCACAAAAGAAACAAAAUCACAGGAAAUGAAAAAAGAGGAUAACUGGGAAGAAAUGUUACGAAAGACCAUUGAAAUGAUUUCUGUGAAAUCAAAAUAACUCUGGACAUAUAACACUGUUAUAAAUUAUAUUUUGAAAUAGUUAUGGGUACAUGUGAUACAAUUUUUAUGAUUUAUAUU